AUGCAACCGGCAGGUUACCGAGCGCCAACCUUAGAACGCGGCCUCGAGCUUGCUCUCCUUUCAUUCUUCCUUAGGUCUAGAUGGACAGUGCGAAGGCAUUUGCUUGUUGAAGCAAACAACACAAUCAAUGUAUUGCAUGGAUUAACUGAUCUGGUGCUCAUUGACAUCUAUGGCUUCUCAGAAUAUCCCGACAAACACCUCCAACUUGAGACUGGCCCGAAGCGCAGGAAGACCAAGGGGCACCGUGCUUACGUUUGCCUUCACUGUCAAAAACCACCGUGGUCGAAUCGAGUGCCUGGAAACGCCAUACACCAUGCAGAAACGGUUCACCGGGCCCUUAUGAGGGUAAACGAGCCUGAGCCUGGCCCUCCAUCUAGCCCAUUAGCCUCGGGCAUUUCGUUUGGUGAUAUUGAUCGCUAUAUCGUCUCUCGUCCUUCGCAAGCUGCUCUGCGCAACUGUUUUAAUAAGCAAGCCUAUAUUGAGGCAGUUGUAGGACUUCUCACAAGGCGAAGACUGCCCUUUUCGGCAGUUGAGUACUCUGAGCUACGAGACCUGGCUCUUGCAUGUAAUCCAGCCGUUGGAGACCUUCUCAUCACCGAUCGAAAGCAGGCUAUGGGCUAUAUUAACUCGAACUACUCGUUAUACAGCUCACGGCUCGCCGAGAGCGUGCCUGCUAUAUGCGCUCAAUGGGUCGAUGACGACUUCAAGCUUCAGAAAGCACUACUAGGACUGCCAGAGUGCAGAUAUAGCCAUUCUGGUGCUACGCAGGCUACGUUGAUUGCUGGUACGCUACGCGGGUUCAAUAUUUCUGCUCCCAAUCUCGGCUAUUAUGUAGGCGAUAAUGCAGCGUCAAACGACACUUGUUUAGAGGAGCUAGCAAAGGUCUUAAAAGCGGAAUCAGGUGUCAAUUACCCUCACAAACGCCGCAGAAUUCGCUGUAUUGGCCAUAUCAUCAAUCUCGCCUUACAAGCAUUCCUUCUAGCUCGCUCAAAAGAAGCUCUGAGAGCUGCACUCGAAGCUACUGCUGAUGAGCCCGGUUCGACUAUGCUAGAGGAGUUCUCGCAGCACCUACAUGAGCUGGGUUCGGCGCAGAUUGUGGAACAAUCCCAUACCACGGCGCAGCAAGAACAACAGCUGGAAGAGCGGGAGGAGCAGCCCGCCAGAAGGUCAAUAAAAGUGAGAGGCAAGCGAGCCGCAACAACUCAUCAGCAGGCCGGAAACAACGAUGAGCGCUUCGCUGGCUGGCAAGGCAUUCCAGCCCUAGCAAAACUUCAUGCACUUGCAGUCUAUAUACGUAGCUCCGCUCUACACAAUGAUCAGUGGUACGAUGCUGUAGGCAAGCAACUAGGUAUCGAUAAUAUCACCAGAUGGUCCUCGUGGUAUAAAAUUAUCACAAUCGCGGUACAGAAGAAGGCACAGAUCAUCCAGUUUACUGCUGAUCAUGAUAGUGAUCUCGAAGGCAACGCCCUUACAAGCAGGGAUUGGCAAAUGCUAGAAAGAACGCUAGAAUUUCUUCAACCUUUCCAUGAGGCCACGUUAGAAGCUGAGGGCGAUAUGGCUCACUACUUGCAGCUGAUUAAUCGCGAUGAUCGCAUCGUUCAUUCCAUUGACAUGUGCUGGUUUAUACUUGACAAGUAUUACACAAUGACUGAGGAUGUCCCCGUAUACGCCGCAGCCCUCCUCCUCGAUCCUUCUAAACGCAAGAACUAUAUAGAAGAAUGCUGGCCCGAGGAAUGGCACGAGGACGCCCUUGCGGCCGCGCGCAGUCUCUGGGAGGAAGAGUACAAUCACGAUGUCGAGGUACAGCUCUCGGAGCAAUCCUUGGCAGCACCUGUUUUAUUAAAGCGGAAAAAGGAUACAAUGCUUUCGAAGAUGCGCUUAGAGCUGCGAAACAAGACGAUGGCGAAAGCACGCGGCAAGGAUGAUUUUGAUAGCUUUAUCUCAGAGGCUCCUAUCACACUCGCAGAGGGUGUUACACCCCUUCAAUGGUGGUGUAGUGACGACGUUCGUACGGCAUACCCACGGCUUAGCCGUAUGGCUAUCGAUAUCCUCUCCAUACCAGCAGAGUCAGCAGAGCCAGAGCGGAGCUUUUCGGGAGCUAGGCGCACAGCUAGAUGGGAUAGGUUACGGUUGCUGAUUGACAGCAUUGAGAAGAUUGAGUGCAUCGGCAACUGGUUGCGAGAGGGACAUAUUAAACCCUCUGCCGAGGGUGGGAUAGGCUUACCCUGCGACCCAGAGGUCAUAGAGGGUGAUAUAUGA